AUGGAAACAAAGGUGUUUUCGAGCUCGAUUGCGGCGAAGCCGUAUAGCUGGCCACACGACGCCUCGUUUGGGCCAGAGAAGACGGCACUGGUGGUGAUUGACAUGCAGGUGGACUUUUGCGCGCCAGGCGGCUACAUGGACAGCCAGGGCUACUCGAUCGAGCCGGCGCGGGCGGUGAUCCCGCGCAUCCAGGCGUUGUUGGCAGGCUUCCGGACGGCCGGCUUUCCGAUCUACCACACGCGCGAGGGCCACCGGCCGGACCUGUCGACGUUGUCGUCGCGCGAGCUUCUGCGUAGCCGCAACAACGAGUCGGGUCUUGGGAUCGGCGACAUGGGUCCGAUGGGGCGGCUGCUAGUUCGCGGUGAGCGUGGCCACGAGAUCGUGCCGGAGCUGCAGCCGCUCGCCGAUGAGCCGGUGGUGGACAAGCCUGGCCGCAGUGCGAUGCAGUACACGGACUUGAAGCUGCUGCUGGACAACCGUGGCGUGCGCAACCUGGUGCUUUGCGGCGUGACGACAGACGUGUGCGUGACGACGACGAUGAGAGAUGCCAACGACAUGGGAAUGGACUGUGUCAUUGUAUCGGACGCGUGCGCAGCCGGCCGGGAGGACCUGCACGACGCAGCCUUGGCUAGCAUCUGCGAGGAGGGAGGCAUUUUCGGGGCCGUGACCACGACAGCGGACUUGCUGACAGCUCUGCGGGGCUGA